UUAAUGGGAUUUAAAGCAAAAUAAAUAAGAUUUGCGCCAAAAAAAAAAAAUCUCCAUUCAUUACAGUGUUUUUAUUACGGUCAGAAAAACCCAGAAGUGGUAACGACAUAAAAAUCACCACCAAACAAUAAAACCGUAAAAAAAAAAGUUUGGAUUUUUAUUUUCUCAUCCAUCAAAGAUGUUGAAUUUGGUUUUGUUUUUUAUAAAAUUGAAGAAUGAAGAAAUAAACAGUUGAUGGGUUUCUCUUCUUGUGUUGUUGGGUUAGUGAUAAGCACGCCUGGCUUCUCAUCAUUCCCUCCAACCUUUCUCUCUCUCUAAGACUUCAAUUGUUUAUCAGCUUCUCUCUCUAAAUAAAGCUUUCAAUUCAAUUCUCUCUCUCUCUCUCUUUCACUUUUUUUCCUCUGCUUCUUCUUCUGUUCAUCUUUUUGUUCCAGGGUCGAAAAUUUUGACCAAAGUUUUGUACUUUCUUUUUGCAAUUUUUGUCAUUAGAUUGGAUCUGGGCUUGGAGCUGAAUAGCGGAUUUGUAUAAGGUUAUUAUUAGUCUUCUCUAUCGUUGUGGUGUUCAUAAGUUGGAGAAAGUGGUAAAGACUGCUUAAGUAUGUCUGUUUCCAUGAGAGAUUUAGAUCCAGCUUUCCAAGGAGCUGGACAGAAGGCUGGUAUUGAGAUAUGGCGUAUAGAGAAUUUCCUCCCUACCCCCAUUCCAAAAUCUUCUAUUGGGAAGUUUUUCACCGGAGAUUCUUACAUAGUAUUGAAGACAACGGCGUUAAAAACUGGUGCAUUGCGCCAUGAUAUCCAUUACUGGCUUGGUAAAGAUACCUCUCAGGAUGAAGCCGGGACUGCUGCAGUUAAGACAGUUGAAUUAGAUGCUGCUCUUGGAGGUCGUGCAGUUCAGUAUCGGGAAGUUCAAGGCAACGAAACCGAGAAAUUCUUGUCUUAUUUUAAGCCAUGUAUCAUUCCUCAAGAAGGUGGAGUAGCAUCUGGAUUCAAACAUGUGGUAGCUGAAGAACAUACUACCCGCUUAUUCGUCUGCAGAGGAAAACAUGUUGUCCAUGUCAAAGAGGUUCCUUUUGCUCGGAGUUCUUUAAACCAUGACGAUAUUUACAUUCUUGAUACAAAGUCCAAGAUUUUCCAAUUCAAUGGAUCCAAUUCAAGUAUCCAGGAGAGAGCAAAAGCACUGGAAGUGGUUCAGUACAUCAAAGAUACUUACCAUGAUGGGACAUGUGAAGUUGCAACAGUUGAGGAUGGAAAACUUAUGGCUGAUGCUGACAGUGGAGAAUUUUGGGGUUUCUUUGGUGGGUUUGCUCCGCUACCUAGGAAAACAGCUAAUGAUGAAGACAAAACUUAUAAUUCCGAUAUCACCAAAUUAUUUUGUGUCGAGAAGGGACAGGCAAAUCCUGUUGAAGGCGAUACAUUGAAGAGGGAGAUGCUGGAUACAAACAAGUGUUACAUUCUUGAUUGUGGAAUUGAAGUGUUUGUUUGGAUGGGAAGAACCACUUCUCUUGAUGAUAGAAAAAUUGCGAGUGGAGCAGCAGAAGAAAUGAUCCGUUCAUCUGAACGACCCAAAUCGCAAAUGAUCCGCAUAAUAGAAGGGUUUGAAACCGUACCAUUCCGAUCAAAGUUUGAAUCUUGGACUCAAGAAACUAACACAACCGUGUCAGAGGAUGGUAGAGGCAGAGUUGCUGCUCUUUUGCAACGACAAGGAGUAAAUGUCAGAGGCCUGAUGAAAGCUGCUCCGCCUAAAGAAGAGCCUCAAGUUUUCAUCGAUUGCACAGGAAAUCUGCAGGUUUGGCGUGUAAAUGGUCAGGCAAAGACUCUCCUUCAAGCUGCUGAUCAUUCAAAAUUCUACAGUGGAGAUUGCUAUGUUUUCCAGUAUUCUUAUCCCGGAGAAGAAAAAGAAGAAGUCCUUAUAGGAACGUGGUUCGGCAAACAAAGUGUGGAGGAAGAAAGAGGUUCUGCAGUCUCUAUGGCAAGCAAAAUGGUUGAGUCAAUGAAAUUUGUCCCAGCCCAAGCUCGCAUUUAUGAAGGAAAGGAACCCGUUAUAUUCUUCGUGAUUAUGCAAAGCUUUAUCGUUUUCAAGGGUGGUAUUAGCAGUGGAUACAAGAAAUACAUAGCCGAGAAAGAAGUUGACGAUGAUACAUACAAUGAGAAUGGUCUUGCUCUAUUCCGCAUUCAAGGGUCUGGUCCGGAAAAUAUGCAAGCUAUACAAGUUGACCCGGUUGCUUCAUCACUGAACUCCUCAUACUAUUACAUACUACAUAAUGAUUCUUCCGUCUUUACUUGGGCUGGAAAUCUAUCAACCGCAACUGACCAAGAACUCGUCGAAAGGCAGCUCGAUCUGAUUAAGCCAAAUCUACAGGCUAGAGCACAAAAGGAAGGAUCAGAAUCAGAACAGUUCUGGGAGUUAUUAGGAGGCAAAGCUGAAUAUUCGAGCCAAAAGCUCACGAAGGAACCCGAGCGUGACCCUCACUUGUUCUCCUGUACAUUCACAAAAGAAAUUCUGAAGGUGACAGAGAUACAUAACUUCACACAGGAUGACUUGAUGACCGAAGAUAUAUUUAUAAUAGACUGUCACUCAGAAAUCUUUGUCUGGGUUGGCCAAGAAGUAGUCCCAAAGAGCAAGUUACUAGCUUUAAGUAUUGGAGAGAAAUUCAUCGAGAAAGAUUCUCUCCUGGAGAAGUUAUCCCCUGAAGCCCCUAUAUAUGUGAUCAUGGAAGGCGGUGAGCCGUCAUUCUUCACCAGGUUUUUCACUUCCUGGGAUUCCUCAAAAUCCACUAUGCAUGGAAACUCAUUCCAAAGAAAACUUAAAAUUGUCAAAAAUGGUGGAACUCCAGUUGCAGAUAAACCGAAACGAAGAACUCCAGCUUCAUAUGGUGGCCGUGCCAGCGUUCCUGACAAGUCGCAGCAGCGGUCAAGAAGUAUGUCGUUUAGUCCAGACAGGGUUCGCGUGAGGGGCAGAUCUCCAGCGUUCAAUGCACUCGCAGCAACAUUUGAGAGCCAAAAUGCAAGAAACCUCUCAACCCCUCCCCCAGUAGUUAGAAAACUCUACCCGAGAUCUGUUACUCCUGACUCCUCAAAGUUUGCUCCCGCUCCCAAGUCUUCAGCCAUUGCUUCUCGUAGUGCACUUUUCGAAAAAACACCUCCCCAAGAACCUUCAAUUCCAAAACCACUCAAAGCGAGCCCGAAGACACCUGAGUCUCCAGCGCCAGAAUCCAACUCAAAAGAACAGGAAGAGAAAAAGGAAAAUGACAAGGAGGAGGAGAAAUCGAUGAGCAGCCGGUUAGAAUCUCUAACGAUUCAAGAAGAUGCUAAAGAAGGAGUCGAAGACGAGGAAGAUUUACCAGCUCACCCUUACGAACGUCUCAAGACAACUUCCACUGAUCCUGUCUCAGACAUUGAUGUAACAAGGAGAGAGGCUUACCUUUCAUCUGAGGAGUUCAAGGAGAAAUUCGGUAUGACGAAAGAAGCUUUCUACAAGCUGCCUAAAUGGAAACAGAACAAAUUCAAAAUGGCUGUUCAGCUUUUCUGAGAAAUAAUCCUUCUUCUUCUCCAUCAAAAGAUCCGCUAUAAGGAGAAGAUACAAGGGACAGUGUCAGUGCAUUUUAAGCUGCUUCUGCUCCCCAUGAGAAGCAUAAUACAUUUUUCAUGGCUUGUUAAAAAAAACAACCCAGAGCAGUUUUCUUUUCUUCUAAUUUUCUUUCUUCUUCUCCAUCAAGUCUUUCUGAUUUGUUUUUCAUGAUCUGUUUGCUUGUUUCUCUCUAUUUCAAUCUCCAUUUUUUUCUUUAAUUUGAUUAGGUUUUUGUUUUCUUCAUAUUUUGUGAUUGUUUCUUCUUCAGGUCACAGGUCUUGACCUUGAGUCUUUGAUUUAUUUAUUCUUGGGGUUAUUUUGCUAUCAAAUUGAGGAAAUUUGGUUUCAAAAGUAAGAUUUUAUUUAGUGAGAUUUCAUAAAAACAAAUAGACUCUGUAAUUUUGUUUUGCAGAAGUUGAGAAUUGAGUGCUUUUUUAUUUUA